UUUACGAGCAUGAUCGACUACGUGCAUUGCAUGCGUAUGUAUGUGUGUGAGUAUAAGAUGACAGGAAUUUCUACGAAUGACGUGGUACGAGAUGUGCUCAUGUUGACUUGCAACUCUAUUUCUAUAUAGGGAUUGGAGGUUUCAUUUUUCUGUCUUGUAAUCAUCAAUAUCCACAUCGAUAUUUGUUUUCUUCUUUCGUUCGUUUUCGUACUACUUUGGAACCGAGAGAGAGGUUUUUAUAUCAAGCUCGCUCAUCCCAUCUCUUCAUCACUACACUUCCAUUCACUACAUUACACUACCCUCUUAUCUCAAAAUGAAACUCCUCUCCCUCUUCCUCCUCUCCCUCAAUCUCUCUCCCAUCACCGCCCUCUCCGCCGCAGACUGGCGCGCGCAAUCUAUCUACCAAGUCGUCACGGAUCGCUUUGCACGUACGGAUGGCUCGACAACCGCAGCGUGUAAUGUGAAUAAGUAUUGUGGGGGUAGUUGGAAGGGGAUUGUGGAGAAGCUGGAUUAUAUUCAGGGGAUGGGGUUUACGGCUAUUUGGAUUUCCCCAAUUGUGCAAAAUAUUAAGGGAGAUAGUGUGGACGGUUCAGGUUACCAUGGUUACUGGGCUCAAAAUAUUUACCAAGUAAACCCCAAUUUUGGUACUUCGGCAGAUCUGAAAGCAUUGUCUGCUGCUUUACAUGCUAGAGGUAUGUAUUUAAUGGUUGAUGUUGUGACAAAUCACAUGGGGUAUAUGGGUAGUGGAUCGAGUGUGAAUUAUAGUAUUUACACGCCUUUUAAUUCUAAAUCAUACUACCAUUCCCCCUGUCCCAUAGACUAUAACAACCUCACUUCAAUCAAAGUCUGCUGGGAAGGUGACAACAUCGUCUCACUCCCAGAUUUACGCACCGAAGAUGCAAAUGUACAGGCAGAGUGGAACUCGUGGAUUGGAGAGUUGGUCGCAAAUUAUUCGAUUGAUGGGUUGAGACUUGAUAGUGCGCAGCAGACAGGAGUGGGGUUUAUUCCGAGCUUUCAAAGUGCUGCGGGUGUAUAUGUUGUUGGAGAAAUCUAUAAUGGUGAUCCGACAUAUGUAUGUCCGUAUCAGAAUUAUAUGAAUGGAGUCCUUAAUUAUCCUGCCUACUACUGGAUAACCCAAGCCUUCCAAUCCACCACCGGCAACAUCACCACCCUAGCAAACGGAAUCAACACCAUGAAAUCCACCUGUUCCGAUACUACCCUCCUAGGUUCCUUUAUCGAAAAUCACGACGUAGCUCGUUUUGCCUCUUUGACCUCCGAUGCGGCGCUUGCGAAAAAUGCGAUUGCUUUUACGAUUUUGGCGGAUGGGAUUCCGAUUAUAUAUCAAGGCCAAGAACAACAUUUAUCCGGAAACGGCGUGCCCAAUAAUCGUGAAGCCCUUUGGCUAAACUCAAAUUCGUAUUCUGAAACAGGGGUAUACUAUAAGCUCAUCGCCUCGGUAAACCAAAUCCGAAAGCAGGCAAUCGAUGUAGAUCCAACUUAUCUCACACAUCAAGCCUAUCCGGUUUACAGCGAUUCGCAUAUGAUUGUGAUGAGAAAGGGAUUUAUGGGAAAACAAAUUAUUGCGGUGUUCAGUAAUUUGGGGGCGACGGGUAGUGCAUCAAACCUCACCCUCACAACAUCCCAAACCGGAUUCACCGCAAAAUCACAAGUAACAGAAAUCUUAACUUGUGUAUCGUAUACGACGGAUAGAAGUGGAAACUUGCCAGUGAAGAUCGUGGGAGGUGCGCCGAAGAUUUUUUACCCAAGAGCACCGUUGGUUGGGAGCGGGGUGUGUGACAUGUAAAUCGUUGGGAUUGAGGAGAGACAGAAGGGAAUGACCUUAGGUAGGUACAUGCCAACCACGGGUCAUUGUCAGUAUGGUCGGUCAUAGAAACAUGUACUGGUUCUGGUUGCUUUGUAGGGAGAGGUGGUUAAGGGAGAAGAGUAGCGAGGUUUGAAAGGAAAAGGGAUGUGGGUAUACUUAUUUUUAUUUUCUUCUUUUGGGUGGGAGGGCGAUGGGGAAAAGGGGGUUUCUGGAUGUAUAUAUACAUCUUGG